UUUGACAGUUCAAAACACGUGUGGUGUGGAACUUGCGCUGCGUCGCAGUGUGAAUAUAAAUAACACCGUUUUAAAAUUGGUGUUUUAUAAUUUUUAAGCAUAAAUGUGAAUUACAAAAGUAACAUGAAUCCAAAGAAGAUCGCAAAGAACCCAUCUUUGGCUUACACAAGCAACCCAGACUAUCGGAAACCGCCGAAAAUCGCAAAUCCUUAUCUGCAAUGUCUUGGGGCGCCUCAUAUUGACUCUUUCAACUAUAUGUUGCAAGAUGGUUUGCAAGCGGCGAUUGCGGAUUUAUUGCCUUCUGAAUUUGAGCUCCCUGGCGGAGAAAGGGUGAAAAUAACGAUUGAUGAAGCUGGAUUCGCUAAACCUAGCGUUCCGAUGGAGGCAGUGGGUGUUAAAAACCAGAUAGUACUGCCGACAGAGUGCAGGCAGCGUGCUGCGACUUACAAAGGAGAUUUCAAAAUCAGAUUGACAAUUAAAAUUGAUGAGAAGUCCAUUACAGUUGACAGAUCUCUGGGAUCUUUGCCUAUUAUGGUGAAGUCUAAAAUGUGUCACUUGGCGGAUUUGUCUCCGGAAGAGCUUGUGCAACACAAUGAGCAUGCAGAUGAAUGGGGUGGAUACUUUAUUGUCAAGGGACAUGAACGUCUAGCCCGUAUGCUGUUGGUAACCAGACGGAACUACCCCGUUGCUAUCAAGCGUUCCGGGUGGAGAAUGAGAGGAAAUCUGUUUUCAGAUUACGGUGUCAUGGUCCGCUGUGUCACUUCAGAUCAAACUAGCACGAACAACGUACUCCACUUUCUGAACAAUGGCACAUGUAAGCUGAUGUUCUCGUACCGUAAAAUGAUGUACUACGCCCCCCUACUGCUCAUUAUGAAGUGUCUGGUCGACUGGCCCGACCACUACAUAUACAGGCUGUUGCUACACGGAAAGAAGAACGACCUGUAUUACGUUAACUGCAUACAAAACAUGCUGAGGGAACUUCACGAGGAGGGCCUACAUUCCUCCCACGAGUGCCGUUCGUACUUGGGAAGGAUGUUCCGGCCCAAACUGUAUGAGCUACCUCCCUGGUCAACCGACUUGGAUGCAGCGGAUUUCCUCAUCGAUCGAUGUGUGAUGAUCCAUUUGAAAGAUCACAAGGACAAGUUCAAUGCACUCGUGUUUAUGGCACAGAAAUUGUAUGAUUUGGUUCAGAAUAAAUGUAAGGUGGAAGGUGCUGAUGCUGUAAUGGUCCAGGAGUUGUUGGUGGGAGGUCACCUCUACCUACAGAUCCUGAAGGAGAGGCUGCAGCAGAUUAUGACCAAUUUAAGGAUCCAAGUGCAAAAGAAGGCGAAGACCUCCAAGAAACUCGAUAUCGGAGUGCAUGAAGUUCGGCAAAUGCUCCGUAGCUGCGGUAACUUAGAGCAGAAGUUCGAGACGUUCCUCGCGACUGGGAACGCGCCCUCCAACAACGUGACCCUCGCACAGUACAAGGGACUCACCAUCGUCGCUGAGAAUAUCAACAGAAUGCGAUACAUGUCGCAUUUCAAAUCGAUCCACCGCGGUUCGUUCUUCAUGGAGAUGCGUACGACGGAGGCGCGGCAGUUGCUGCCGGACGCGUGGGGCUUCGUCUGCCCCGUGCACACGCCCGACGGCGCGCCCUGCGGACUACUCAACCAUCUCACCAUGACCGCGCAGGUAACACAACACCCGGAUCCGAAGCAAGUGGCGGGACUACCACAAGUGUUAGAACGAUGCGGUAUGGAGCCCAUAAGCUCAGUGGCGCAAAUGCCUCUAUCCCGGGACACGUACAAAUACCCCGUGUUCGUGGACGGCCGUCUCGUCGGGUACUUCGCAGAAGACACGGUGGACAAGUCAGCUGCCUACCUCCGAACGCUCAAAAUCAAGGGCGAAGAAGUUCCAAUAUCUAUGGAAAUUGUAGUCGUACCCAAGAAACAGAUCUGCUCUCAAUACGCGGGGGUGUUCCUGUUCACGAGCGAGGCCCGCAUGAUGAGGCCUGUCAUCAAUCUGUCCACUGGGCAACUGGAGCUCAUCGGCACCAUGGAACAACUCUAUCUAGACAUUGCAGUCACACACAAUGAGAUCCUCAAAGGUAAAACGACGCACGUGGAACUAUCACAGACAGCGUUCCUCAGCAACCUGGCGCAGCUGGUGCCUAUGCCCGACUGCAAUCAGUCGCCACGUAAUAUGUACCAAUGUCAGAUGGGCAAGCAAACGAUGGGUACGCCGAUCCAUACAUGGCAGACGAACGCAGAGACCAAGUUAUACCGGUUGCAGAGUCCGGCCACCCCACUGUUUCGCUCCACGCAUUAUGAUAACAUAGGUUUGGACGACUACCCCUGCGGGACCAACGCCAUUGUUGCUGUUAUCUCUUACACGGGCUACGAUAUGGAAGAUGCGAUGAUAAUCAACAAAUCAUCAUACGAGCGGGGGUUUGCAGCCGGAUCAGUGUACAAGGCUGACUUUAUAGAGCUGGCACAUCCUGCUUCUUACUUCUACAGGGACCCCAGCAAGCCGGACCUUGCCCAGCAUAUUGACGAGGAUGGCUUGCCGGCCGUAGGGGCUCGGGUUAAGCCCGAUGACCCGUUUUACAGUUACUAUGAUGGUGAGAAGAGUAUUUUCAUAGUGAGUCGCUACCACGGCAAGGAGGAGGUGUUCGUGGACUCCGUCAGGCUCUGCGGGGACUUCAGCUCCCGGCCACUGAAGAAGGCCUGCGUCAUGCUGCGCUUACAGCGUAACCCGACUGUGGGUGACAAAUUCGCUUCCCGAGCCGGUCAGAAAGGUAUUUGCUCGCAGAAGUGGGCAGCUGAGGACCUGCCAUUCACGGAGUCAGGGUUGGUGCCCGACAUCCUCUUCAACCCUCACGGCUUCCCCUCUCGGAUGACCAUCGCUAUGAUGAUAGAAUGCAUGGCUGGAAAAGCCGCUAGCAUACAUGGUCACGUCCACGAUGCGACGCCAUUCCGUUUUAAUGAAAAAGACACAGCCAUAAACUACUUUGGCCGGUUAUUGGAAGCGUCCGGGUAUAAUUACUAUGGCACGGAGAGAAUGUACAGUGGAGUCGACGGCAGGGAAAUGGAUGCUGACAUAUUCUUUGGCGUUAUUCACUAUCAGAGGCUCAGGCAUAUGGUGUCUGAUAAGUGGCAGGUCCGUACGACGGGUGCAGUAGAUGCAUUGACCCGGCAGCCGGUGAAGGGACGGCGCCGCGGAGGUGGAGUCAGGCUUGGAGAGAUGGAACGCGACGCCCUCGCCUCCCACGGCGCCUCCUUCCUCCUCCACGAUCGACUCUUCCAUUGCUCCGAUAAGACUGAGGCGGUGCUAUGCUCAAAAUGUGGCACUCUACUUGGUCCUAUAGUCGGCAAGAGCGAAACGAAUAAAGAAACAUGUAGAUUGUGUGGUGAAGGCAAUCUAGUCUCUAUUGCAAUACCAUACAUCUUCAAAUUCUUUGUAACACAACUAGCUUGUGUUAACAUCAAUGUCAAAAUUAAUUGUGGGCAACAAUUAGCCAUUACUGGCUAGUUUGGGUUACAAAUUGUUCUUUAUGUAUAAGGAAAAGUGCUAAUAAAAAU